AUUCCCUAAAUCCCCAGAUUAAUAAAAAAGAAAUAAUUUUCUGUAAGCCAAGAAAACUCGAUUAUUUUCCUUAUUUCUUUCAUAUUUUGAUGAUUCAUAUUCAAUUCCCUAUAAAGCAAAAAAAAUAUUUUUCAUCAAUAAGCAAUUUUUGAGAUGUCUUUCAUGGACACAUUCUUUGCUCCAGAGGAAUCAAAGGUCGAAGAAGGCGAGUGGGAAAAAGAAAGAUAGCAGCGGAAGAAGAAAAAAGAAAAGGAUAAAAGAAAUAUAGCUACUAUAGUUACUGAUUUAAUGGAGGUAACUCCAGGGCCCGAUGGGCCUGAAAACAAGAGUUUGGGCCAAAUCGAGGUGGAAUUUGCCAGGUGCCACUGCUGCGGGCUUACUGAAGAAUGCACCCCUUCCUACAUCCAGACCAUUCGAGAAAGGUACGGAGGCAAAUGGCUUUGCGGACUUUGUGGUGAGGCCGUGAAAGACGAAAUCUUGCGUUGCCAAAUGCUCAUAAGCCCGGAUGAAGCCAUGGCCCGGCAUCUCAACUUUUGCGGUAAGUUCCGGGCCUUGGGCACUCCACAAGAUCCCACCGUCCACAUGAUUUGGGCCAUGAGACGAGUUUUGAGAAAGAGCUUGGAGAGCCCCAAAUCUCCAAGGUCAAUGCCGAAUAGCCCGAUAACUAAACGAGGAAAUAUCAAGAUGGAGGGUACUAUGAUGCCCCGGUCCGAGAGUUGUAUUCCAAGUAUUACCCUUGUUGAGACCUCCUUGUAUUGUGGGACUAACAAAGAUUGUGACUGAGGCUCGAGGAUAAAAGGGCAAUUCUGGACUUCAAAUGUAGGAAAAGGAAAAAAAAGAAAAAGAAAAUAGUAGAACUGAAGAAAAUUAUAAAAAAGGAGAAGGUGUGUAAAUUUGAUUAUUUGAUUUGAUAUUGUUGACGUGAGAUAUGAACAACAUAGAGUGAAGUUCAUGUAAUACGUAAUUAAGACGAAGGAAAUGAAGGUUGCAAGAAAAUUAAUACUUGCUUUUAUAAGUUUGCACAUUUUUCUUCUGCUUUUACAAUAUUG